CUUGAAAUUCUGCAAGGGGAAGCUUAACGUGUUUAGUGAAAUAAAUGAAUCAUAAAUGUGCAUACGGUUUGAAUAAACCUAAAGAAAUUUAGAGUGACUGUCAUUUAUACUGCAUAUACUUCAAAUACUUUGUAGUCUUCAAUGAGGAAGUGAAAAAUGAACAGAUUUGAUGAGGCUUAUCUUAUAACUGCAGGAGGAAUACUUCCUGGAUAUCUACAAUUUUGAAAUAGAUUUUAACCUGAUAUACAAUAGGAAUAGAACCUAGCCUGUGAUCAUGAUUAGUCACUGGAUUUAGAAUUGGACACUUAAAUAGUGGGUAAAAUGAGAGGUUUUGUUGAGGGUGUACUGAAGUGAAGUCAAUGAAAUGGACAAGUUAGCACAGUGGUGAUGACUGUUUGAAAACCCGAGUUUGUUUGGUAAAAAUUAUUGUCAAACAGAUACGUUGUUGGUUUGGAGUUUAAUCUAUGUUCAAUGAAUCUUGAUAAGAUACCUAAUCUUGAUGCUAAUUCAAGCAUAUAAAACUGGAUGCUUUGUUGUUUAACAGUGAUUUGUAUUUUAAAUUAAGGUUGGGAUAAAUGUUUAUCCCAUGUGAACAAGAAACUGCAUUAUAACUGUGUUAUAUCGUGAUAAAUGCUAUAUAUGUGGAAAUUUUUAAUAUCGUUGUGUGACAAAUAGUUGUUAUUUGAAUGAAUAAACACUAGCAAUAUAGGGAUAUCUUGUGCACUGCAUCUCAAGUGAAAUUACUCAUAAACCGACUGUGUGAAAACACUGUGCUAAGAGAAGGACUUCAACAAUGACAUACUUCAGGGGAAAUGUUCACCCCUAUAAAGUCUUCCAGUAGCCUGAUCCCCAGGAAAGAAGUCAUAUCCGGGUAUGGGUCCAGGCCGCGGAGGGGGUAAGGGGGUACCCUCAGGGGGGAUGGUGACACAUGACCUUGCAAGAGUUGGGGAGCUAGAUGAGACAGCCCUUUUGGAAGAGAUACAUAGAAGAUUUGGACAAGAUGUCAUCUAUACAUAUAUUGGGGACAUUCUGAUAUCGGUGAACCCGUAUCAAGACCUGCCUGGUUUGUAUGGGGAAGAGAUUGGCCAGAUGUAUGGGAGGGCAAAAACAUUGUCAGAGUUACCUCCCCAUGUAUAUGCUCUUGGUUCCCGAGCCUUCCACAGUCUACAGAGGGGAGAUGGGAACCAUGCCCUGUUAGUCAGUGGCCAAUCAGGGGCAGGUAAGACAGAGAUUACUAAGAUGCUGGUAGCUCAGGUGGCACGCCUUUCUCAGUGGACAGGCGAGUAUUUCCUGCAGGAGAAGAUAAUUGAGGUGAAUCCAGUGUUAGAGGCAUUUGGCAAUGCAAGCACUGUGUUAAACAGCAACUCCAGCAGGUUUGGCAAGCUUAUAGAGCUCAUCUUCUCCGAGGGUGGUGAACUCAUGGGAGCUGAGAUAACAGAACACAUGUUGGAGAAGAGCCGUGUUACUAGACAGGGGCCUGGGGAGAAAAAUUUCCACAUUUUCUACAACCUCAUGUGUGGUUUCACCCCUGAGGAGCGGCAGAGAUACUUCCUGGACCAACCGGAAAAAUACAGGAUCAUAGACCCCGGCCAUGGCGCCCCCGUGAUUGGCAGCCAGAUUGCAUUUGCUCAAUAUAAGGAAGGCAUGGAUAAUCUUCGACGUGUUAUGCCUGUUGUGGGAUUCACAAAUCAGGAUCUUGAUGUGGUAUUUGCCCUGUUAGCAGCUAUCUUACACCUGUGUAACAUUGAAAUGGCUGUGGAACCAGAGUCGGGCGAGGUGAUUGUCAUGAAUGAGGAGGAGAUUGACUUUGCGUCAACCCUACUGUCCGUCCAGGCUGAGGAUCUCAUUGCAGUGCUGCUGUCCAAUGUUAACUGGGUCAGAGGAGAACGUAUUGUGUAUAUCAAGUCUUUAAGCCAGGCUGUAGAUGGGAGAGAUGCCCUAGCCAAGGCGCUCUACAGUAAACUUUUCUCCUGGAUCAUACAACAGAUCAACUUCAUGUUACAUGAGGAUGAACGCAGAGAAGGCCGAAGGUACACGAUCAAUAUUCUUGACAUGGCAGGCUUUGAAACAUUCCCUGUGAACAGCUUUGAACAGUUGUGUAUAAACUCUGCCAAUGAAAGGCUUCAGCAUCUGUUUAAUGAACGAAUAUUCUCACUGGAGCUUCAAGAAUACACGGCAGAAGGACUUAAGCAACCAAAGGUCAAGUACGCCAGUAAUGAUGAUCUGCUCAACAUGCUUUUUCAGAGGCCUAUAUGUAUAUUUUCACUCCUGGAAGAGGAGUCUAGCCUUGCCCAUUCCUCUGACCAAACUCUGCUAGAUAAAUUGACCAAGCAUAUGGGCAAAAAUGACCAUUUCCGGCGGGCGAAACACAGGGAAUCAGCAUUCAGUGUUGUACACUAUGCUGGUGUGGUUGCUUACAACAUAGAUGGUUUCCUGGAGAAGAACAGAGACACACUGAGUUCCAACAUGACAGCCUUGAUGGAGAACUCCCGUAAUAACCUUGUGAAUGAGCUCUUCACUGCUCGGGUGUUAGAGACUGGCACACUGGAUAUGAGACAUGGUUCUAGUCGCGGCAGCUGGAAAUCCCCAGCAUUCAGUCAGCCCCCGGCCAGACAGUUUGCCCCAGGGGAUAGUCUGUCACGACAGGCAGGCAGGAAGAUCAGACAGAAGAUGAAGGAACAGAAGACAUUUACUGAUAUUCCAGUAACAGCCAACCCCAACACAGCCAGUGCCCAUUUUAAGAAUUCCCUACAGUUGUUGAUGUCAAAGCUGAAAGGGGCAGAGACUCAUUUCAUCAGAUGUUUACGGCCCAACCAUAAGAAGGCAGGUGGAAUGUUUGACAGUCACAUGGUUAUGGAUCAGCUCCGUAGCACUGGUGUACUGGAGAUGACGCGUAUACGAAGACUUGGAUAUCCCGUUAGGCUCCUGUUCGAUGAUUUCUUACACAGAUACCAGUUUAUUGCCUUUCCGAUGUCUGUCCACCUACAGCCUGGUCCACGAGCGUGUGCAGCCAUUUUGAAAGCCGCUAGACUGACGGACGCACAGCUGGGAAGUAGCAAGGUGUUUCUACGCUACUGGCAUACAGACAAGCUAGCAUCAGUUUUAGACACCCACCUGACACGAGUUGUUCGAGCACAGGCAUUGAUACGUAUGAUGAUUGCCAGACGACACUUCAGGCGAACACUGAACAUGGCAACCAGGGAUGCAGAGGAUUUGGAGUUGUUUGGCAACUUCAUCGAAAAUCAGGGUGUGGAGGUUUAUGAGACAUUGAUCAAACAAGAUCAGCAUGACUUGGAGAGAGCUGCAAAGGAACAAGCGAGACAUACCCAAAGCAAUGGUCACCAUGGAAAUGAAUAUGAAAUAAUCCGAAUGGCUGAUGUAUUUUCCCCCGGCAGUCAGGCUGACCCAAGACCUGAAGAUUUCUUCAUGUAUGCCACCCGACAGGUGUACGAGCGUCUAGAUGAUUUAGACCCAGACGUUUGGUGUAAGAUGUUUUAUAUGGAAUAUAACAGGCCUGUUGCCAAGUUCUAUCUGUGUGAUAAGGUCUUUACAGUUGAUGGCUCGUUUGAAGAAUUUGAUGGCAAGCAUGUUGGUUUGGGAGUGUUCAACAGUCCUGAGAGAGAUGAGAUCACUGAACAAGCCAGAACAUUUAUCGGAAAGGGUUUACAGUUAACAAAGGAACCAGAUGGGAGUGUGUCAGCCAUGCGCUUGGGCAAGAAUGAUGUGAUUGUUCAGGGGUACAGGGAUCCGGCCAACCAUUGUUUGUCCGGAGAAGUUAUUGUCCGAGAGGGAAGACUACCAUAUGAACAGUCUGUUAAGAUAUUUGACAUGGAGGAAUACAAGAGCCACAUCGGCCUAUAUCUACGUGCAGGCAAUCUCGACACUGAACGACUCCAACAGUUGGCCAUCACCAGUCUCUCAUUUCUACAUGAGGGUGGAGGGCCGAGGGACACACCUUGUUGGCUCUGCCUUGUGUCUGUACCUGCCCUGGAGGCCAUGACAGACCCUGAAGUACGGCGUGAUGUCCAGGCCAAGUUUGUGCAGCUAUCAUUGGCAGACCACCAAGAAAAAGAAGCAGAGAAACAGAUGUUAAAGGAGGUUGCUGACAGGACACAUCGUAGCUGGUCCAAGUUGAACACUAGGGAAAGCCACCAGAAGAGAGAGCCACUGAGAAAGUCACGGAUACAGAUUAAACAGCAGGGGGAGAACAUUCAGGACCGUAUGGAGUAUAGCUGGCAGGAAGAAGGUGGGAAGGGGAGACAAAUGAACCUGUCAGAUCUUCAGGAAGAAGAUGAUAUUGAAUCUCUGUGCCCAGCACCACGGAGACAAGGCGCAGGUGCAGGGUUUGGCCUGGGCAGUGUGGCCAAUAGUGCGCUGUACCAAGGUGCUACUCCAUCCCCACGUAAGGACUGGGCAAAGAUCAAGGUCACACUGAAGCAGGAGAAAACUGCUGAGGCUGAAGAAAUACAGAGGGCAAAAGCUGUGCCGAGGAACUAAUUAAUUUGAAUUAUUGUGUUUUGUAAAAAAAUAAACUUUUCCAUAAUUUUGUGUAGCUUGAAAACGCAAUUUAUAGGGGUGAUAUUUGGCAUCUGUUGCAUCAUCAAAACUUUGAGCAGACAAUAACUUAAAUAUUUAUUAUCCAAUCAUGAUAAAAUGUGUUGACGAUAUUUGUUGGCAAAAUGACUUGUGAGGUAAAUCGCUUAAAAAAUAAAUUUAUUCUGCUUGUACAUUACGAAGUAGUAGUUUUAUGUCUUGUGCAAAUAAGAAGUUAAGUAUUUAUUAUUCAAUCAUCAUGAAACUUUGUGACAGUGUCUGCGGCCAUAAUAUCUGCAAAAAAUUAUCGCAGGAUAAAUCACAUCAGGAAUGGCAGAGUAAUGCCCCUUUUAUAUUUUAUAUUAAGAAGGUUUUUUCUUGUUCAGACAAUUAUUAAUUGCCUAUUCAUGAUAAAACUUGGUAAAAUCAUGACUGUCAUGAUUGUCUUUAAAAACAAAACAAAUUAAACUCUUUAAGAGAAGAAAAAUGUAUAAAUAUUCCCAACAUAAAAUAAGUGAGCUUAACUUGAUCCUGUAAUUAGGAUUGUUGAGAAACUGGGGCUAGUGUUUGCAGCCAGUGUAAAAUCAUAUAUAUUACAAUUUCAAUGUAUUUUAAUUGUAUUGUUGCUUAAUAGCCAGACAUUUCAUUACCAUAUUAUAACUUUGUUCAUUUUACAGAAUUCUGAUUUUGACCUAAGUUUUAGGUAUUGCAUUUUUUUUACUGAAGCAGUGCAUACAUGCCAUAUUUUCUGGAGACCAUUCAUGGGAAUUUGUUCAAAAGGCUGAAAAUUCAGGGGGAUUUUGGUUGUAUUCAGGAGGAUUUUUUUUUAGCAGGUCUAAGUUGGCAAAGUAUUUUUAGACGCAAGUAUGAAAAAAUGUAUUCACAUAUCGUUUGCUUUGAAAACCUCUUAACUUUUUCAUGAUACAGAAUUAUUUUAUUCAUGAUUUAUCAUAUUCUUAUGAUACACUGUCAUGUCAUACUGUAAUGCCACUUGCAGAACAAAAUAUGUUUUCGAGACAAUUAAAUUAAAUUUUCCUUCCUCCAAAGUCUUUUAAAAAAUUGUGCUUAAUUCUAUCAGCAUGAUGACUUUCAGACAAUAAGAAAAUAGAAUAAAUAUUAUUAAUUUCUUCCUUCCAAAAUAGUAAUAUUUCUUUGCCUUUGAUAAUUACUACAAAUUAAUUGAUCACUUUUUGUAAGUUUCCUUUUGGCAUUUCACCCUUGUGGAGUUGUUUCUUUACAUUCAGUUUCACUCACAUACUUUGGUUUCACUUACUUUGUCAUUAUUGCCUGAUGUAAAAUUUCUAAAAAAAAAAAUAAAAAAUUAUAAACUUCGGGGGAUUUUUAUCUCCAGUGCCAUGUAUAAUUCUACUUAUUAUGCAAACCUUUGUUAGAGAUUUUGUUAUAAUAAAUGAAUUAUGAAUAUGGUC